AUGGGUUCCGAUAAGAUGGCCGCCAAGGCAGCGGCCCGCAUCGCCAAGGGCAAGGAUAGCGCCUUCGCCAAACGAGCUGCAGCUGCCGCGGCCAAGAACCAAUCCGGCGGUGGCUCCAACUCUGGCUUGGGCAACAAGUCUGGAAACUCGUCCGGUUCCUCGGGCGGUGGUUCCAACUCGAACUCGGGAAAGAAGUAG